GUACUAUGUUCUUGCAGGGAAAAGCCCUAACUGCCAAGCACGUAGUACCUACGUUCUUGGCUGUAAAGGGCUCCCCUCUGCAUCUGCGGCGAUUGCCGCUUCAGCAGAGGCUUCCAUUAGUCUCCCCACCCCCUAGGCAACGAGCAGAGGGAGAGGAGGGGGAGGUCACGUGGGUCCUGCGACACGAUCGUCGCAGGACCCGUCUACAGUUAUGCAGACACGUGUCUGCUCCUUGUGCUGCCUCUCCUCUCCUCUGCUCCUCUCUGCAUCUGCGGCGAUUGCUGCUUCAGCAGAGGGAUCUGUUACUCUCCCCACCCCCUAGGCAACGAGCAGAGGGAGAGGAGGGGGAGGUCACGUGGGUCCUGCGAUCGUCGCAGGACCCAUCUACAGUUAUGCAGACACGUGUCUGCUCCUUGUGCGUCUCCUCUGCCUGUUCCAGCCAGCCUGCUGCUUGCACUCUGCUUUAGGACCCCAAUUAGCUGCCCAGGACCCUGCUGGACAUCAGAACUCCUAAGACUCACAAUGCAAUAACAAUAGCAGUAUCCUCCAGAGCACUUUUUCUAAUGGAAGAAGAGCAAAAGAUUUACCAAGAAAAGGGUCUGGAGGAAUAUGUUCGGUAUCAGCUAGAACAUGAAAACGAGCCUUUCAAGCCUGGAGCUGCAUUUCCGUUUGUAAAGGCUCUGGAAUCAGUUAACAGUCAACUUCGCCAGCUAUGUCCAGACAGUGAAGAUCUUUUUGAUAUUGUCCUCAUGACUAAUAACCAUGCUCAAGUUGGAGUACGGCUCAUCAAUACCAUAAAUCAUUACAACCUCUUCAUUGAGUGUUUCUGUAUGACUGGAGGCAACAGUCUAAUUGAAUACCUGAAAGCUUACCACACCAACCUGUACCUCUCAUCUGAUGGCCAGAAAGUGCAAGAAGCUAUAGAAGAAGGUAUAGCAGCAGCAACCAUUUUUAGCCCAAGUCACAAUGUGUCUGUUCAUGAAGAACAACUACGUGUAGCCUUUGAUGGAGAUGCUGUCUUGUUUUCUGAUGAGUCAGAACAAAUUGUAAAGGAGCAUGGGCUGGAAAUGUUUUUUGAACACGAGAAAACUUAUGAGAACAAGCCUCUGGCACAGGGACCUUUGAAGGGUUUCCUGGAAGCUCUGGGGAGGUUACAAAAGAAAUUUUAUUCCAAGGGAAUGAGGAUGAACUGCCCUAUUCGCACUUAUUUAGUUACUGCACGUAGUGCUGCCAGUUCUGGUGGACGGGCCCGAAAAACACUACGUAGCUGGGGACUUGAGACUGAUGAAGCAUAAUUCUUGGCUGGAGCCCAAAAAGGACCUCUCCUUGAAAAGAUUCGCCCACACAUAUUUUUUGAUGACCAGAUGUUUCAUGUUGAGGGAGCUACGGAGAUGGGCACCGUAGCAGCUCAUGUACCAUACGGUGUAGCACAAAGACAUAAAUACAAAAUUUCUCAAAACAGCAAGUAAUACAUCCUUUGGCAACUGCAGCCAUGCACUGUGCACAGGAUAUUACCACAAUACAUAUUUAUUUGUGUUCUUUGGGUUUAAUGGAAAGCCCAGAAUUGUUUACAAUGCUCCUUGUUCUUUAUUAGAACCACAUGGGGCAUAAUAAAAAUACUAUAAAGUGACUUUUUUGUGAUGAGUGCCCAUGCACAUUCACUAUUGAUGCCUACUUUGCAUAAUGACAUGUUUGCAACCAGUGACAGAGAAUGUUAUCCUUGUCUGUUAACCAUAAAAUAAGAAUCACAGAUUUAUUAUGUUCCAUAUACACAAAGAUUGUGACAUUUAUUUAUACUGGAUGCUGGAAACAUUUGCUUCUCAGAGUAGGGAAGAGGGUGAAAUUUGUGACUGGGGAGGUCAAUGCAGACCCAGACUCACUCCCUGCUCCAGCCCCCCCCCCCAAUUGAGAAAGUAUGGUGCAUGGGGGAGGUAGUAGUUGGCAACUGCGGUGUGGGGGCCAAAAACUGUCUGGAGGCCCUAAGAUGGCAGCCCCAGUGGGCCCCAAACACCCCAGUCCAACACUGGGGGAACCCAUCAGUAGAUGACUUUCCAUCAGAGAGUCUAAGCCUCUCAAAACCUUCAUUCUCUUUCUGUGUCUCAGAGUGAUAACAUCAAAAUAUAUGUUAUGAUAUAUAAUUUCUGGAAAACAGUACUUGAAAUUACAGAAAACCAAAGAGAACCAAAUAAUCGUUUCAACCAAUGGUAUUGUGAGAGG